AUGGCAACAUCCAUCCACUUACCCGCGACCAUGAGAGCAGCACAAUGGCGUUCUGUCGGUGGCGGCAUCGAAAGGAACAUGAAGAUCAACACAGAAGCGCAACUUCCAAAGGGAGCCAAAAACUUACCAAAAAGCUGCACACUCGUGAGGGUAGCCUACGCAUCCCUCAACCACCUCGACUACAAGAUCGCCGAAAUGCCUCUCGUCAGCAGCUUCAUCAGCAAGCCAGCCACGCCAGGUCUCGAUUUCUCCGGCACCGUCAUUGCCAGUACCUUGGCCACUCUGCGACCCGGUCAACGAGUCUUCGGUCGAAAUGAGCCUUCCAUGGGCGGAACCCUCGCAGAAUACGUCGUAGUGGGCAAGGCAAACAUCGCCGUUCUUCCAGAGGGUGUAUCUCUUCGGGACGCGGCCUGCGUGGGCAUUUGCGGGGUGACUGCUCUACAAUCUCUCGCUCCAUUCGUGAGACAAGGGAGUAGCGUCCUGAUCAACGGUGGAAGCGGCGGUGUGGGUGUAUUUGCAAUUGAGGUGGCGAAGGCUUUGGGGUGCACCCAGAUUACUGCCAUCUGCUCGGCCCGCAAUGCAGACCUUUGCCGGCGUCUCGGCGCUGAUUCCAUCAUCGAUUACACGUCUGGAGAUCUGGUCAAGGAUCUCAAAGAGAGCGGUCAACAGUACGAUCAUAUCCUGGAUACCGUCUUUGAAACACCGGAUCUCUACUGGCAGUGUCACCAUUACCUCGUGGCAGAGGGUACAGGUGGUCAAAGGACAUUCCGGUUUCACUCGGUAACUUCAAAUACGGCGGACUUCCUACGAAUUGCGAGUUUGGUAGCAGAUGGCAGCGUUGAAAUCGUUGUCGAUGAGGAAUUUAACUUGGCAGAUGUUUGCAAGGCAUAUGGGAAGUUGAAGUCUGGCAGAACUGUUGGCAAGCUGGUUGUGCGAGUGUCAUAA